AUGCCUCCCCCUUCGUCGGCGCAACAGAAGGUGCUGCUUGCGCAGUUCGUCAGCCUCACUGGGGUUACGGAACGGCAGGCGACUCGGUAUCUCAAGUCGACUGGCUACAAGCUUGAGGAAGCCGUGGAUGCUAUGAUGCUGGGUUGGAAAGGCGUCAAACAGAAUCUGCCGUCCAAAGUCGCAAAGGCCGUCCCCCAGUGGCUCUCCAAGAAGAAACGGGAGAAGCAUGGCGCAGAUGGCUCUGCCGCGGAUCAAUCUGGACGGUAUUUUAUGAACACGGCCAAUGAGGGCAAGGGACCGUCUCCGUUGGAUGCGAAGCUGGAUGCGCUGUUUGACUCAUUAAGGGAUGAAGAAAACGACGAGAAGGACCAGCUGGAGCUGGAGUCGACCAUGAACUAUCUGGGCGAGAAGCUCAACAUCAGCUUAGAAAACGCCGAGUUAUUCGUAGUGCUGGAGCUGCUGCAGGCCCCGAGCGUGGGCGAAAUUACCAGAGAGGGUUACAUCAACGGCUGGAAAUCAAGCGGGGUCGAGGCAUCGCAUCAGGAGCACGCCAAACAUGUACGGAACCUCAUCUCCAACCUGUCGCGUGAUCCGGCGCUGUUCAAGAAGGUGUACAGAUACGCAUUCGUCGCUGGCCGUGAAAAGGACCAAAAGGCUCUGGCCUUGGACAACGCCCUCAUCUACUGGAGCAUGCUAUUCUCAGCCCCUGGCAUGGUAUGGAAGGGCAAACACGACUGGUUGGAGCUGUGGAAGACGUUCCUGGGCGAGAAGUGGACCCGAUCUGUCAACCGCGACAUGUGGAACAUGAUUCUGGAGUUUGCCCUUAAGAGUAUCAAUGACGAGUCAUUGUCCUUCUGGAGCGAGGACGGCGCAUGGCCGAGCGUCAUUGACGACUUUGUCCAGUGGUGCAGGCAAAGAGGCGUCGGAAAGCCCGAGACGAUGGAAGUCGAUGGCCAAUAA